GGGGGAUCUCCGCUACCUAGAGAGUAUAAAACUAAGUUAUCACAACUUCUACGUGGUUCAUCCUUCCCUCGAAGAUCACAUAGACACAUUCAUAAAUAUCGUACAUUUCCCCCGGAUUGAAGACGUCUUCAUUCUCAUGUCUGUUUGAUAUACACCAUCAUGGCCGACAGCGGAAUAUCACCAGACUCCAUACUAUCGGAGCUCUCCACGACUCCAUAUGCCUGCUCAUCUGUCGAGCAAUUAAGCGGUGGGACCGCCAACUUCGUCUUUCGUGGCACUCUGCUUCGUUCACGUCCAGAUGGAACCACAACGGUCGUUAUCAAGCAUACGGAGGACUAUAUAGCAUCAAAUCGAGAAUUCAAAUUAUCUGCCCAACGCUGUCUCAUCGAAAAAUCCAUUUUAACAUCACUUAAUAACUUCCCUAGCUCAAAAAUAACGAACGAUGAAGACACAGCCAGUCAAUUCACGGCGAAAACACCCCUUAUAUACUCAUUCAAUCCGCUCACUCACACCCAAGUUAUGGAAGAUCUUCCUGAUUCGGUAGAUCUAAAAUCAUUUUUUGUCUCGCCCAGCUCGUCUCGAACCGUGCCCCGUGAAUGGGCGGUGUCUCUUGGCCGGGCAUUGGGGCACUGGCUGAGUUCCUUUCAUUCAUGGGCCAAGGAGCCGGCACAGGCUGAUGUGGCUAUGGAAUUGGAGCAGAACCACUUCUUCCGGGAUUUGAAGUUCAGCAUAAACUAUGAUAGCUUGGUAAACAUGGUCAGCAAGUACCCUGAGAUGUUAGAGGGCAGCCGAGCCGUUUUCGAGAAGGUCAGGGAUAUGGCGAAGAGUGAGUCGGGGAGGAAAGAUGGAGAGGGAUUUGGAGUGAUCCAUGGGGAUUUCUGGCCAGGCAAGUAAGUGUCGCUGUGUCUUUCUCUCUCUCUCUUUUCUUCUUUUACUCUCGAGGGUAAACAGGAGAAGUGGGGUUACUAAUAAUGUCAGUAUCAUACUUCCGAAAACUCCACUGGAUACACAGUACUCUAACACUCCCCUAUUCAUCAUUGACUGGGAACUCGCUCAGUGUGGCACUCGGGCUCUUGAUCUAGGCCAAAUGAUGGCUGAGUUGUACGAGCUAAAGCACUACAAAGAUAUCGAUUCUGGAGUGUGGAUUAUUCAGGGUAUCACGGAAGCGUAUCCUGCUUUGGGUGAAGAAAUGGCA